AUGAUAAAUCAGUUUCAUUUCUCUUCUGGCAACAUGCAACAUUUCCCAAGCUUCUUGAAUGCAUCCAAGCACUUGCAAGUUUUAGAUAUUUCUAAUAACCAAAUUCAUGGUUCUAUUACAAAAUGGGAAGCCGAAGGAUUGGAGGGCUUGGGCACUUUGAAGCUUUCUAUGAACUUCAUAACUAGCAUAGAGCAAAUUCCAGGGAACUAUCUGUCUGUUCUGGACCUUCGCUACAAUUCACUUCAAGGAUCACUUCCAACUCCACCACAGGCAUUAGGUUAUUUCUUAAUCUCAAACAAUGGGUUGGUUGGAGAAAUCCCUUCCAAGAUUUGCAAUUUGAGUUUUCUUUAUGUACUUGACUUGUCCAUGAACAAGUUGGGCGGAACUAUUCCAGAUUGUUUUGGGACUUUUAACGACCAGCUCUCAAUGGUUGUUUUGAGAACAGUUAAACUCAAUGGUAAACAACUUGAAGGAUCAAUUCCACGAUUCCAUGGUGACAUACAAAAUUUCAAUGGAACAUUUUCCUUCAGCAGCCUUCGAGUGAUUGAUCUCUCUCGAAAUGAUUUUAUUGGUCACAUCCCACCUGAGUUAUUUGAAAAUUCAAAAUCAAUGAAAGAUAUUCAAGUAGAAAAAAGUGGUCCAGUGUACAUGGGAGGAGAUUAUUAUCAAGACUCUUUAAUUGUAACAAUGAAAGGGUUGAAUUUCAGACUUGAGAGAAUUUUAACUUCUUUCACAGUAAUUGAUUUUUCAAGCAACCAUUUCAAGGGGUCGAUUCCCAAAGAACUUGGAGAACUUAAGUCACUCAUAGUGCUCAACUUCUCGCACAAUAGCUUAGCAGGAAAUAUCCCACCAUCACUUGGAAAAAUGGUAGCACUUGAAUCAUUGGAUCUGUCGUCAAACAAGCUUCAAGGAAAAAUCCCAAUGCAGUUAACUGACUUGACAUUUCUUGGAGCAUUGAAUCUUUCUCAUAAUAAUCUUGAGGGGCAAAUACCAUUAGCUAAUCAUUUCGAUACUUUCUCAAAUGAUUCCUUCAAUGGAAAUUCUAGACUAUGUGGAUUUCCAUUGUCAAAGAAAUGUGGCAACAAUCAGGAACCAGAAUCACCUCCAUCAAUAGUUGCGGACGAAUUUGAAACAACACUUGUUUGGAAAAUUGCAGCAAUGGGUUAUGGAAGUGGACUAGUGCUUGGAUUGAGUAUGGGAUACAUAGUUUUCACAACUGGGAGACCCCGUUGGCUAGUGAAGAUGAUCAAGCAAAACCCACAAAAGAGAAGAAGGAUCAAUCAAAAUGGAAGGAGAAAGAAUUAG